AUGUCCCGAGUCGCGGUGGAACACGUGGGAUCGGCACAUCGACCCUUUAUACAGGUGCUACAAGACUACAUGUGCGUGUCGCACUCAACCAUCAUACCUCACAAUCUCUACAACGUCGUUCACUAUGCAAUUAUGCUAUUGCUUACCACUAGUUAUCAGCACAGCAUCCGCCCUCGCAUUCCCCGGCGCCGAAGGCUUCGGUAAAGAUGCUGUUGGCGGCCGCAACGGCAAAGUUUAUGUCGUCUCCAACCUGAACGACUCCGGCACUGGUUCUCUUCGCGAUGCAGUCUCGCAGCCUGAUCGUAUUGUUGUUUUCCAGACCGGUGGUCUCAUCAAGAUCAAAGAACGCAUUGUCGUAUCCAAGCGCGUCAGUAUCCUUGGUCAGACCGCACCAGGCGACAGCAUCACAGUCUACGGAAACGGUUGGUCGUUUUCAAAUGCAGACGAUGCUGUUGUACGAUACAUUCGCAUCCGUAUGGGCAAAGGCGGGUCAAGCGGCAAAGACGCAGCCGGCAUCGCCGAGGGCAAGAACAUGAUUUUCGACCACAUCAGCGUAUCCUGGGGCCGCGAUGAGACCUUCUCCAUCAACGGCGCAGCCGCCAACAUCACAAUUCAAAACAGCAUCAUCUCGCAGGGUCUGCAGACUCACAGCUGCGGUGGCCUUAUGCAAACCGAACUCGACAACGGUGUCAGUCUCUUCAGAAACUUGUACAUCGACAACAAGACACGUAACCCAAAGGUCAAAGGCACCAAUGACUUCAUCAACAAUGUCGUGUACAACUGGGGUGGAGGCGGCGGUUACAUUGCUGGUGGUGAUUCAUCUGGCGAGUCAGAGGCCAACAUCAUCGGCAACUAUUUCAUCAGUGGUCCCAGCACGAGUGUCACUGCUUUCACGCGCGGCAAUGCGAACUUCAGAGGCUAUGUUGAGAAAAACUUCUACGAUUCUGAUAAAGACGGUGAUUUGAGUGGUACAGAACUAGGCUUAGCAAGCUCGAACUACGGCGGUAUGGCGAUACAGACGGCAAGAUUUGCCCAUCCGGCACCCGAGACGAUCUUGUCCGCCGCUGAUGCGUUGACCUAUGUUCAGUCAUCUGUUGGCGCGAGCAAGGUACGCGAUUCUGUCGACGAACGUCUCAUUACGGAGUUGAAGAGUUACGGCAAGACUGGACAGUUGAUCAGCGAUGAGACUGCAAGUCCGAUGAACGGGCCUGGGACAAUUGCCGAAGGCACACCAUGGACCGAUGCCAAUGGCAAUGGUAUUCCUGACGAUGUUGAAGAUAAAUUCGACAACGUAGAAGAUUGGGCCAAUUCACUUGUAUCAAGUGACUAUUAA